GCCACGCUGGUGAUGAAAGACAUCGACACCGCGUGCAACAAACAAAUCUCACUGGCGGCCAAAAACUCAAACCUGGACACCAGCUCUUGAGACCGGAACCGAGACAGGUACGCCGUGUCGAGAGCGCAAUAUCCAACAUCAAAAGACCCUCGGGUUAGGCGUGAACGGUAUUAAAAAUGACUGAGCGAUUUGAUUGCCAUUACUGCAAGGAAACUCUGUUUGGAAAAAAAUACCUUCUGAAAGAAGAAAAUCCAUAUUGUGUGAAAUGUUACGAGAAUCUGUACUCCAACACAUGUGAAGAAUGCAAGAAGCCCAUUGGCUGUGAUGGCAAGGAUCUUUCAUACAAGGAUCGACACUGGCAUGAAGCCUGCUUUCACUGCUUCCAGUGCAAGCGCUCACUGGUGGACAAGCCAUUUGCUGCCAAGGAUGAACAUCUCAUUUGUACUGAAUGUUACUCUAAUGAAUAUUCUUCCAAAUGCAAUGAAUGCAAGAAAACUAUCAUGCCAGGAACACGCAAGAUGGAAUAUAAGGGAAACAGCUGGCACGAGACUUGCUUUAUCUGUGCGCGAUGCCAGCAGCCUAUAGGUACAAAGAGCUUCAUCCCCAAAGAGAACCAGAACUUUUGUGUGCCAUGUUAUGAAAAGCAGUUUGCAAUGCAUUGCAUUCAGUGUAAAAAGGCCAUCACUACAGGAGGUGUCACCUAUCGGGAUCAGCCCUGGCAUAAGGAGUGCUUUAUCUGUACUGGCUGCAAGAAACCAUUGUCUGGGCAAAGAUUUACUUCCCGGGAUGAAUUUGCCUAUUGCCUGAACUGCUUCUGCAAUUUAUAUGCCAAGAAAUGUGCUGGAUGCACCAGUCCCAUAAGUGGUACACAUGUUUUGCUUUAUUUUACUUGAUAAAAUCGAUAUGAUGUAACAAUAGGGCUGCAAUACAUGGAAUAUAGGCAAUGUAUUAUAUUCAGG